CCGUGAACGCGCAGCGUCUCCUUGGAGAAACGAUCAACAUACCCUCCCCCAACACCACCUCCACGCGGCGGGAGCGACCGGCGCAGCUGGCCGGGCACGUUGGGCAAAAAAACAGCUGCAGGAAGUUAUUUUUCAUGGCUCAUCAACUGAUCCCCUUUGUGCAAGAAGAACACAAGGACCAGAAACUCUGUGAGGCAGCGAAUCUCUUGGAUUUUUAUGGCAAAUGUUCCCACAGCAGUUUCCUGAGAAUGAAGAUUUUGACACUGUUUAAUUUCAUCCUUGCAAAUUGUUUAAUAAUGGCCACUGGUAACUCGACUCUACAGAGUUGUUUUCAAGAGCAGCUGAGGCUCAAGGCCCAGGUGAGACUUCUGGAGUAUCGUGUGAAACAGCAGCAGGUAAAAAUUGUGCGGCUCUUACAGGAGAAGGAGAUUCAAUACCAUGACAAUGGAGAUGAAAACAGUGUUAUUGACCUGGGAGAAAAAAGACAAUACGCAGCAGAUUGUGCAGAAAUCUACAACGAUGGACAUAAACGCAGUGGAUUUUACAAGAUGAAACCUCUUCAGAGCCCUAGUGCGUUCCUUGCCUACUGUGACAUGUCGGAAGGGGGAGGCUGGACUGUUUUUCAGAGACGUUCUGAUGGCAGCCAGAAAUUUGAUAGAGUCUGGGAUGACUAUGAACAAGGUUUUGGAAAUUUUGUUUUGAGAAAUGGUGAAUACUGGCUUGGAAAUAAAAAUCUUCACUAUCUCACCAAUCAAGGAAACUAUACCCUAAGAAUCGAUCUCUCUGAUUUCGAAGGAGUACGGCGAUUUGCACAAUAUCAAAGCUUCAGAGUUGCUGGUGAAGAGAGCUCAUACCAGCUGAGCUGUGGAGAAUACUCUGGCACAGCUGGUGACUCCCUUACUGGGGGGUUUCACCCUGAAGUGAAAUGGUGGGCUGAUCACCGAGGAAUGAAAUUUAGUACACAAGACAGAGACAAUGACAACUAUGAAGGGAACUGUGCUGAGGAGGACACAGCUGGCUGGUGGUUUAACAGGUGUCACACUUCCAAUCUGAAUGGUGUGUACUACAAAGGACCUUAUACAGCAAAGACAGACAAUGGAAUUGUUUGGUACACAUGGCAUGGGUGGUGGUAUUCUCUGAAAUCUGUUGUCAUGAAGGUCAGACCAGCAGACUUUGAACCCAAUGUUGUUUAAAUAUCUAGUUAAUAUAAUCCAUCCAGUUAAUCUUUUAGCAAAUCCAUCUAAAUUGGGCAGAUUUCUCCCUCCACCCUCCCUCCUCUGCCUCAUUUAUGCCUGUAUAAAUCUGGAGUAACUUCAUUAAAAUCAGUAGUGUUAUAUGGGUAUAAAUGAGAAUAGAAUCUGGCCUUGAGCCUGGAGAUACAAAUAAUGUGUACAGGAUUGCUAAAGAGACCAGACAAAGUUCAUCCAGGGUUUAUGGCAACUUUCACCCAUGUAGAAUACUUAGCAGUAGAACUCUAGAAGCAGGGGAAACUUCCACUUGACGAUGGGCAUAAUGGGGGCCAGGACUUCCCCAAAAGUGAGUAGUAUUGGUCAGGAAGGAGGAGUGCACUGCUAUUGUAACCUCUGCUGGUGAGGCUCCUUUGGAAUCCCCAGUGGAAUUCAAAGCAGCCUACAAUGCCAGAGCUUCUGAGGAAGGACAGCAGUAGGAACAUCACCUGGCCAUUCCUAGGACACAAGAGACUAGGCUGGUACACAGGUGCAAUUUGUACCUUCUGGGGAAUGGAGAACAGGAGGGUUGCCAACUUGGCCCACACUAUUUUGGACUUUUUUCAUUUGGAAACGUUUCUAUCUAAAUCUAUGCACAAUACAUAAGAUUUAAUGGAAAAAUUACAAAAUAGAUUCACUACAUUGUCUUAAAAAGCAAUGUGAAUAUAUAUUACACAUAAAAACUACAUUAAAAGAAUGUUACAGAAUGUCCAGCAAUUUAAUGGUGCUGGAGCAAUUUGUAUAGUGGGAUGUUGAGAGCCAUUGAACCAAACUGUAAACUCUGUAUGUGAUGGAAACCAUUUCAAACCAUGCUGUACCCCCAGCACCCUUAGUUCCAGCAUCUAUGAGUGGACAUGCUGUACAUUGAAUGGGGCAGGGGUCCAGUGGAAAAUAUUAUGUAUGAUCCUGUAAUUAAAGACUGUAUCAUAAUAUAUACAUACAGGGGAGCCAAAUUAAGGUUAUAUAGGCAACUUUAAUUCUGGCACUUCCUAACUUUUGAGUGCUUGCUUUAGCAAACUUAACAUUCUUUUAAUGUAGUUUUUGUAUGUGUAAUUUUAAAGAAAAGCUGAAACCCUCCCCCAGCAUUUCCAUCAUGAUACCCAGCAGGGUUGGAACCUUUAGAUCCACAGCACAGACUUCUGCCACUUGAGCUCAUGGAGUAACUCAUAGUAGCAGUUAUCUUCUAUGUGAACUAGUGACUAGAGAGGGAAUGGAACACUCCCUUUUCCAGAGGGUUUCACAGAUACAUACUUGCAGACAGCAGAGGAAUGAUGAGACUUAGGAAUCUUGACUUUCAGUCAAGAUUCUGAAAUAUAGCAUGCUUUACAGGUAACAGACCCUUGUGACCCCCACCCCUCACCUCAACAAGACUGCCCCCUUUUGCCACUUGUCCUUUUAGCCUGUUCCUUUUCCAGUCCUGGCUCUCCCCCUCCUUGCAGAUCCUUUCCUAACUAGUCCCAGUCUAGAUCUUCCCAGAAUCCUCGCUCCACUCCCACUGUCCUUGCCCAGUCACAUCCAGGCUUCCCAUCCAAGGCACAGUCUUCCCCUGACCCAGACUCCUUGUCCCAGUUUCCUUGCUCAGGCAGUCUCAAUUCCCUCCCCCACCCCCCUGGCUUCUCAUCCAAUCUCAAAGUAGCAUCCCUCCCCUGGCUUCCACUCCAAGUCUCUUUGCCCAGCCAGUCCCAGUCUCCCCCACCAGGGUCCUUGUUCCAUUCUACUCUCUCUUGUGUCCCCAAUCUGGCUCUUGUCCCUUCAGCAUUUAAGUCGGGAAAUUUCUUCCCCCACACUGCCUGAGGGCCUGCAGGGGAGUGCUCAUGAGCACAAGAGAGCCUUCCUCCUCUCAGUCCUGAUGUUCAUCCUCACAGCCAGCCACAGCAACCAGAAGCAGCAAUUUCAGGCAAAGUUCUACUCUGCCCCUGUAAUCCUGAGAUGGAGUAUGCCCAAGGCAAACCGAGUAAUUAGAGAACUGAUGCUGCAAAAGUCUCUGCUGAGCAUGUGUAAACUGAGACAUUUCAAAAUCUUAUAAUUUGGCUAGAUUUGGGUGUUUUUUUCAAGGAAGAGCAAAAGAUACAUCCCUGGCUUGUAUUUUUCAAGUUCCUAUUCCAAAGCAUAGAGAUACUAGAGCUUUUCAACUGAACAGCUGUAAGAAUUUUGUUAACAUGGGCAACGUGUUUUUCCCUAAUCUCAUUCUAGGAAAUGGCUAAAGUGUUUUUGCUGAAACUUCCCUCUCCGUCCUUCUCCCUUAAAAAAAAAAAAAAAAAAGUUAGCGUCAGGCAGAUAUCUAGCAUAGAAAGUUUCAGCCCAAACAGUUGAAGUUUGGCAAAGUUGUAACCAGCAGAAAACAAGAUCUUAUAAUGGAAAGUAUCAAGUAACCUUAAUUAGAGGUGUCAUUACCAUCUCCACCUAUCAUACAGGGAUGAUGCUGAAGCCACUUUUCAUGCAGAACUCCUGUUGCCUCCAAAGUGUUACUGACUGGCUACAGAAUCAAGCCAUAGCAGAGGUGUUAGUAUAGACAGAACUUUUUUAAAAAGAAGCUUAAUUAGGUAUGUUCUUUAGAAUCAAUAUAAUAUCUCUCUCUCUAUUCUGUUCUGAAGCUCUGUUCUAGCCAGUUCUGUUUAGGUCCUUAUAUCAUGCCCAUCAUCUGAGCACUUUUGUUCUGUCAUCACAUUCAGCAUAGCUCAGACUUUAAACUAGUCACUAUAUAUCGCAGCUGCAUCAUAUACAGUAAGCAAAUUCUGUAAUAUCACAUCUAGUUUGUCACAUUUCAUUCACUGAUGACAUGGGAGUAGAAGAGGUCGAAUUCAUAUGGGAUUUAGAACAAGCCAGAAUGGCUAGAUGUGGCCAAUAUGAUUUUCCCCAUAUUCUCCUCCAAAAUAAAUGGAAGUUGACUCUAGGUCAGCAUUUCCCAAAUGCGGCCACCAGGGGCUUUUCUUGCGGCCACAACCUCCUGGACAGUGAUUGGGGGCAAAGCAGCUGCCCCCUUCCCCUCCCUGUUGCUCCUGGAUGUGCCACCUUGAUGUUGGUGGCUGGGGCUGCUAACAGGGGUUGGGCCCUGUCCUCCUCUGGAGACAGCUGGGGCACAACCUUGGAGGAUCAGGCAGCCUGUGAGUUGCCCACCUUCCUGGGGGUCGUGUGGCUCGGGCUUCCGCCCUAGGAUGGCAGGGUAAGCACCAGAAGACUUACUAGCUAGCAAUAAAUAAAUUACAAUGAUUUUGAUGUGCAUAUGUACAUAUUUAUUUGUUUUUCCUAAAGUUAAUUAAGUGUUUUAGGAAAAAUUGUCAGAGUGGCCACCAGCACUCUGAGGCCACCAAAAAAUUUGUAAUGAGAACCCCUGUUCUAGGUUAUUCUCAUUUUACACCCCAUGAUGACAGAGGAAUUCUAUCUUUUCUCACAAUCAAUAUGUCUAGACAUAAAGUACUAAAAGCCUGACAUGCUUUUGCCAGCAAACUCCUCAUUGCAGGUUCAGUAGCAGAAAAGCUAUUUGACAGAGAUCUGGUCUUGGCAAGUGCAGUCCAGAAAGUAGUUAGGGUCAUCCAAGGAGGUGGUGGAACUUGGACACUUGAAGAUGCACUGAUUUAGCACAAGCAGCUUCUACUCAGGGCCAGCUCCAGGGUUUUGGCCGCCCCAAGCAGCCAAAACAAAACAAAAAAAAAGCCGUGAUCGUGAUCUGCGGCGGCAAUUCAGCGGGAGGUCCUUCGCUCCCAGGCGGAGUGAGGGACCGUCCGCUGAAUUGCCGCCGAAUAUCUGGACGUGCCGCCCCUCUCCGGAGCAGCCGCCCCAAGCACCUGCUUGAGAAGCUGGUGCCGGAGCUGGCCCUGCUUCUACUGGCAGGGUAAUGGAAUGUGUGACUGGGAAGGGGAAGACCAUAGAGAUGAAGAGCAGAGUGUUUAUUUGGGUGAUAGUUGAUUCAUAUGGCAUCAAGAUAAAAAUUUAAAACAAAAAUCUUUAAUUUAAGGAAACUAAGAGUAAACCUCAUAUAUCCUUAUGCAAGUAUGAAUCAAAACACAGAUCUGAAUGCAAACUGCUGUACACAUUCUCUCCAACUCCAAAAGAAAAAAAAGGGCCAGGCCCUGCCCUUUUCAUUCGCUGACCACAAAACAGAUGUUCUUAUAGACUUUAGGGCCAUGAUCAUCUAGUCUGAUCUCCUGCAUAGACCCUCAUCCACCCACUCCUGCAAUAGGCCCAUGACCUCUGGCUGAGUUCCUGAAGUCCUCAAAUCCUGAUUUAAAGACUUCAAGUUACAGAGAAUCCACCAUUUACUCUAGUUCAAAUCAGCAAGUGACCCAUGCCCCAUGCUGUAGUAGAAGGUGAAAACCCCCCAGGGUUUCUGCCAAUCUGACCUGGGAGAAAAUUCCUUCCAGACUCCAAAUAGGGCGAUCAGUUUUCAAGGUUAUCCAAAUCUUUUUGUAUGAUAUUCUGGUCCUCCUCUAUAAUGGCAAUAUCACCCCACCUUGUGUCAUUUGCAAAUUUUAUUAGCACAUUCCCACUUUUUGUGCCAAGGUCAUUAAUGAAAAUGUUAAAUAAAAUUGGUCCUAACACUGAUCCCUGAGGAACUCCUCUAGUAACUUCCCUCCAGCCUGACAGUUCACCUUUAAUUAUGACCCAAUGUAGUCUCCCCUCUAACCAGUUCCUUAUCCACCUUUCGAUUUUCAUAUUAAUCCCUAUCUUCUCCAAUUUAACUCAGAAUUUCCCAUGUGAAACUGUAUCAGAUUCAAGUAGAUUAAAUCUAUUGCAUUUCCUUUGUCUAGAACAUCAAUUAUCUUCUCAAAGAAAGGCAUCAGUUUGGUGUGGCAUGAUCUACCCAUUGUAAAACCAUGUUGUAUUUUAUCCCAAUUACUGUUUACCUCUAUAUCCUUAAAUUCUCUGUCUUUCAAAAUUUGGUCUAAGACCUUGCAUAUAAUUCAGGUCAAACUAUAGUUUCCCCUACCACUUUCUCCCCCUCCCAUUUUCAUAAAUAUAGAUAAUAUAUUUGCAGUUCUCCCAUGGGGUAUGGCCCUGAGUUUACUGAUUCAUUAAACAUCCUUGCUAUUGGGUUUGUAAUUUCAUGUGCCAGGUCUUUUAAUGUUCUUAGAUUAAGACAAUGCACAGCUCAUGAUUUGGUCCAUUAAGUUGUUUGAGUUUGGCUUCUAUCUUGGAUCUUGUAAUUUUCACUUUUUAUGCAUCUUCUUUCUCAGUAGACACCCUGUUCACUGUGCCCAGGCUCUUCAUUACUCUUAUUAGGAAAUGAGACCAAGUAUUCAUUUAGGUGGUGGGCUAUACCUAGAUUAUCUUUAAUCUCCUCCUUAGGAUCCUUUAAACCUUUAAUCUUAUCCUCAGGAUAAGGCCCCACAGGUCUAGAACUCAGGCCAGUAGAGCUGCUGGGCAACUGAGACCUCCAGGCUACCACCCAGCAGCAGCUGUAACCAGUUUACACUACACAUUCCAUGACCUGCUGUGGACACAGACCAUGGGAAGUUCUGCCUCAAGAGUUUGACAGACAGCAGCCCCAUAGUUCCUGAUUGGCUCCCUGCCCUAUAUAAACCCUAGGAGCAUUUCAAGACACACCCAGGCAAUAGUGUGGAUCUUUCGUAACAGUUAUUUAUUCGCUGCUCUUGAAUUCCUGGUAUUGCUGUGAUUCUCCAGCCUUGCCCCUUCUGGAUGCAAAUAGUUUUGUCUUCUGUUCUCACUUGCAAUCUUCUGAGAGUCAUCCUCUGUCUUCCUGUAGCUCUGAACUCUGGUUAUCUCCAUUGUCUCUGCCCCUCUUUUUGUAGGGCUAGCUAUUCUUCCUUGCUCUCCCAUCUUCUGUUAGUGACUCUCUCCCCUUCAUUUUCCAACUCAGCACACCUAUUCCUUAGCCCUGUCUCCUGCACUAGCUGGUCUUUUCCUCUACCUGGUUCUUGUAAGUACAUAUUUCCACUAGCCACUUAAUUCACCCAGUAGUCUACCCUCACAGUUGUCCAGUCCAGCUUGCAUCUGCAAGUCCUGAGUUUUCCCUUCAGCCUCCUCUGGCCUUUCCUUCAUCAUUUGCUUAAAUCCCUGUCAAAACUUAACCAUAGUUUCUACCUGCAUUUCAAAACCUGAGAUCUUCUCUUUCAUCAGAUCUAUCAGGCAGCACAUCAUACAAAUGAAGCACCUUUCAGGUACCCUCUCCAGAAUAAUGUACAUCUUGCAUCUUCAGUGUUUUAUCCAUUUUGGGGGUCACUACCCCUGCUGCCUCUGUAACAAGCAGAGCCUCCCCUCCUAAGCAUCUGUCAACAGAAAACCCACACAACAUUCCCCCCCCCCCUUCCUUUCCAAAUUCCCCUCCCCCUUCCUUUCCAAAUUCCCCUGUUUUCAGUUGUUUGCUGGCUCAUGUGCUGCUAGCUGACCAGUUGGCUGCCUUUAUAGGCCUGCUGAUUAGGGAAGCCUGGUCCCCUAAUCAAAGCUCAGCUGUGAUCCUUUUCUCACAACAUACUGUCCCUUACCACACUUUGCAAACUGAAAGCAACCCAGCAAGCAAGCAGACACUCUUGAGAACAUACACUCUGCCACUAAGGAACAGGGGCUUGCCUCCCUUCUCCUUUCCAAUCAAACUCCCCUGAUCUCAGCUGUUUGCUGGCUCCUGUGCCAAUACUGUGAAAGUUCUUGCAAUAAUCCCAGGGGGUAGGCAUGGAGGGGUAUUCAUGUAUCUCUCCAUGGUUUUACUUGGUGGCCAGUGUCCUGCCCCACUCAGUGCUACUCACUAUUUAAAUUCCUUCUAGUGUCACACACUAUACAUUGGGAAAUAAAGAAGGAAGGUGUUGUGGUUAAGGCAGCAGAUUGGGGAUAAGGAGAUUUAGAUUCGGUUCUGGGCUCUCUCAUGGAUUCACUGUGUGAUAUUGAACCCCUUUGUAAAACAGGUGUGACAUUUACUUUAUUUCAGUGGGACUGCUGAGAGUAGAUACACAAAUGUGUGGCAUGCAGACACCAGGCUGAUAAGGGCUGGAGGAAAGCCUAUAAAUAAAUAAGAUGUGGUUCAUAUGCAUCUCUAUGCUGCAGUAUAAACUUUAGCUUAAAUUCUACAGUGGGUUUUAAACUUAUUCUUUUUGUAGCGAUAAAAAAAUAUUUUAAAAGAUCCAGUCACAGGACUGGAUGAAGUUUCAGCCUACUAGUAUAGAACAGUUCAGCCACAUAGAAAAUCCACAGACGACAGGAAGAUACACAUGUGUACAAUAUGAUAUAUUCAAUAUCAAAAAAGAGCCUCCAGCAGUUAUUUCUAACCAAUUUGCUCAUUAAACGCAAAGUGAUCCUGCAUCUUCCUCAUGUACAAUCUAGAAGUCUGAAUCAUUAGAGUGAAGAUGAAAGCUUGUUUUUCCAAUGCAAACAAAAAGGUAGGUUUCUAGAGCUGUUAGGAACACAUUCUUUCCGGUGGGAAUUCUCAAAUUCCUUUCAGAAGUCUGAGUUGAGGAGGGUUCAUUCUCUGCCAAGCCAUGAAUGAUAUUACAGAUAACUAUGAAAUUACCCUUAAUAUUUUGGAGAGGAAAAAGGAAGGAAGAUUACUUAAUGCAUUCAAAGAAGCCCUAUUGAGGCUGAUCAAAUUGCACUUAAUGUAAACAUAAGACAUGGAAGGCUUAAAUAGUAAAUUCUCUAGCAGGAAAAAAAUAGAUUGCUCCCAAACUUGCUGAUAAAAUCUUCAGCAGUUUUCCUGAGCUUGCUGUAGGAUAAAUCCAGACUUUUAACUUAUGAGAAUGCUAACAAUACUUGUCAGCUGAGCUAGGACAUAUUCCUAAUAUUUGAACGCAAAAGUGGCAGAAAAAGCCAUUUCCCUUCCCCUUUUGGAAAUCUCAUGAGAAAAGGUACUGUAGACUGAUGUACAACCCGGUUACACAAAGCAAACUUCUUUCUGCAUAUUUUUUCAUGUGUUUGCACAUUGUUUAUUUGGAUUGUAACCUCCUGAGGCCCAGGACCUUUUCCUCCUAGCUGCUUGAAAAGCACCUGAUAUAUUGAUGGUAUUAUGCAAAUAAAAUAUAACCCCCCCUCUCCUGCAUUUCCAUGUUUUUCUUUGUGUAUAAUCAAUUUGGACUGCAUUAAAAUGUAUGAGUAAAGUGUUUUUAACUCAAA